UCCGACACGGUCACACCACCUCACCACGAGCCCCCUCGAUAUCCCCUCCGUCUCCUCCCCCAACCCCUCUGCUCUGCUCUGCUCUGCUCGUCUCCAUCCCCAACGAGCCCCCCUCCCUGAUUCGGCGAGGUUCCAAUUCGGCCGGCGACCCGGAUCUCGGCGGGGAUCGCAGUGACCAUCCGUCAGGAUUCGCGAGCCAUGGCCGCCGCCGCCGUCUCCGCUGCCGACUCCGCCGAUCCCGCCGUCGCCACCUCCACCUGCGCGCACUGUAACCGAGAGAUCCCGUCUCCGAACAUCGCGCUGCAUUCCGCACACUGCGCUCGCAACCUUCACUUGAAGUGUGAGCAUUGUGGAGAUAUGGUUCCGAGGAAGCACAUGGAUAAGCACUACGAGGAUAACCAUGCUCCGGUGAAUUGCCCACGCUGCAAACAAACUGUGGAGCAUGAGCUGUGGGAUCUUCAUAAACGCUUACAGUGCCCACAAAGGAUGCUUGCGUGCCAAUAUUGCAAGUUUGAAUUACCCGCAGCUGACAUUUUUGAGCAUCAGGAUGUAUGUGGAAAUCAAACAAAAUAUUGUCAACCUUGCAACAAGGACAUCAGACUUCGGGAAUGGAUUGGACACGAGCUCCUACUCCAUUCAAAAACAAAUGUCACUCCAGAAUCUUCAAGUGACAGGUCCAUGCUGGAAAAAGAAGAGGGUGCCUGUCAUGAGCAAGUACGUCCGGUUUUUGGUUUAACAUACAAGCAACUGCUCCUCACAAUUGCAAUAGCUGGACUUGCUGUUCUAAUUGGAUCCAUUCUGUUCCAAAGAAGGAUUGGAAGUUCCGAAGCCUAGUAAAAUUGUAAUGAUGUUUAUCGCAACAAUGUAGAUCAGCUUUUGUAUGCCUUUUAGAUCUUAAUGCAUAAGUUCUUCCAUAAUCAAUAGCAGAGCUUCUUCCUCAAGUAAUGUUCAGAAUACAACCGUGUAUAAUAUCAGAAAUGUUUAUCAAUAAAAAAAAAGAAAUAUCAGAAAUUACCUGAUCGGUAA